AGGUAUUCAGAGCUCCCAUAUUUCGUCAUAGAACAGACAAGAAUGGCUUUAGCUUGGGCUUCAGCAAAAACCUAAGGGAGGUGUUUGGUGAUGAGAAGAAGUACUGGUUGGUGCCUGUAUUUUCAAGUCUAGGAGAUGGUUGCUCCUUCCCAACUUGCCUUGUUAAUCAGGAUCCUGAGCAAGCUUCCACACCUGGUGGUCUUAAUUCAACAUCCAAAAAUGAGAACCACCUGUUUCCUGCAAAGCCGUUGCGUGACUCCCAGAGCCACCUUCUUACAGAUACACUGUCUUGGUCAGAAACAAGUGGAAAGGCUGAAAAGGACAAAGUUGGUAUGAGCAAUCCUGCAUUAACCAUGGAAAAUGAAACCUAGUUUCCCAUAAAAGAAACAUCUGAAUAUAUAAAGAAAGUUCAAGAAAAAGCUGUCAUUGGAAGGAAGAUGCAUUCUUCCAAAUAUCAGCCCUGUUGGCCAGCUGCUCCUGUGUGGAUGUGCUCAGAAAACAGACUGACAGAUGAUUAGUUGUCUCCAUGUCACUGCUUGAAACAUGAAACUAAACAUACUACUUCUGAACCAUAUAAAGAAUGUUUCAACUUAAAAUU